AUGGCGAUAUUUUAUGCUAUAUUGUUGGUGUUUUUGUUUGCAAGCAAAUGUAAAGGCGGCCAAACCAAGUACACACAAUUGAUCAGAACCAGGGAAUACAUUCAUCCAACGACGGGCGCAAAGUGGAAAUCAUCAUCGGUUUUCAAAGGGCCAUGUAUGGAAAACCCUCAUUUGCGGUUCGGUGCGAAAAGAGAGAUUGCAGAACAGAAGGCUCGAAGGCCAACCGUAAACCAUCGGUUUUCCAAUGCUUUUGGCGCCGUGGAAGCCAUGAGUGAUCGUUUGUGCAUUCACUCAGGCACUAAAUACCAAAAAGGAUUGAGUGCGGUUGACUUGCUCUCCUGUUGUGAGAAAUGUGGUUACGGGUGUGACGGAGGCUUUCCAGCGCAGGCAUGGGACUAUUGGUCGACAGAUGGUAUAGUCACCGGCGGAUCGAAAGAAAAUCCAAGCGGAUGUCGAUCCUACCCUUUUCCGUCAUGUUCACAUUACAGGAAAGGAAAACACCCAAUGUGUCCAUCCAAAAUGUAUCACACUCCGAGAUGCACAAAGAGGUGUGAUACAGAGAAACUUCUUUAUUCCGCAGAACUCACCAAAGCGAACAGCUCUUACAACGUGCCAGAUUCUGACAGGGAAAUCAUGAUAGAGAUCAUGAAAAACGGGCCAGUGGAGGCAGCUUUCGAUGUGUACGAAGAUUUUCUUCAUUACGAAACGGGGAUCUAUUUCAACGCUUGGGGUCAGUACGUCGGUGGACACGCCGUUCGUCUGUUGGGCUGGGGUGAGGAGAACGGUGUUCCCUAUUGGUUGCUGGCCAACUCAUGGAAUGAAGAAUGGGGUGAAAAUGGUUACUUUAGAAUUUUACGGGAUGGAAGCGAAUGUGGCAUUAGAAACGAUAUCAGUGCAGGACUUCCAGACUUAUCAUCGAUACGUCAACAAGUUCACCAGUCUGUCACUGACCGGCACAGUGCAGCGUCAACGUGCGCAAACAGCGGCGAGCAGAGUGAUGGCUCAGCAGCGUGGGUUACGGUCGUCCCUCCCGACGACGGUCUCGUGAUUCUCAUUGGACGUGCGAUAACACGGAACUCAUG